AGUAAUCAAUCUUGUGGAUGUGUUCCGUUAGCAGUGAAAUCCUAUUUUAUUUUCACCUGACAUUAUUUUUGAAGGAGCAAAAUAGAAUUCUUUCUGUUUUUAAAUGUGGAUUAUCAAGAGACAUGGCAAUCGUGCUCACACUAUUUUGUAAACACCGGAGUGGAGGAAGGAAAAAAAGGCGAAGAAAGUAUGAGAGGGUUCGAUUGGUUUCUAAAAAAUCUUUUUCAAUUUUCAAAAUUUCCCACAUCAAAUCUUUCGCCAGUUAUGCGAGAUAUCUGAUCCUUGUUAAUUGAGUGUAUCAAGCUAUGUUUGCAACAAAGAUUGAAGCGUCAUCCAACAGAGUUUUCACGCUGAGCUCAAACUGUACGUUCCUUCGGCAUGUUUUUCCUACAGACAUUUUAACCCUCAAAUCUUACAGUAACACUGAUAAGUAUGACUCCAAGGAAGCCUUUUCCUUACACUUCAACUAGUGUGCCACUCACAAAAAUAUCUGCUGUUUAUCUAUCAAAUGAUUUUAGAACGACCAUCCUCGAGGAAUGAUCAAAGGACAGAAUGAUAUCAAAUACUCACUGGAACCGUUGCUUGCAUUCACUCCAAAUGCUGAAAAAAAUAUUGGCUACCACUCUCAGGAGUCAUCGUUGGAAAAAAAGGAGGUUGACUUGAUUUCGCCAAGAAUGGACAAAAUUGUCACAGAGCUGAAUCAACAUGCCAACAAAAACAUUGAAACUCGAUCAUUGGAAACAGAGUGCCAUUCUGAAAGUAAUGACCUCAAUGAUGUAGAUAAUCUUCCACGAAGCGAGCAUGAACUUACCAUCUUUCGCUUGGCUGAGGAGAAUAAGAUCCUGAAAUCUAAGUAUGAAUUUAUCAGAGAACAAAAUGAAAAGUUGGAAACUCUGAAUGCUAAAUUCUCGUUGGAUAAUCUUCACCUGGGGAAGAAAAUUGAGGGCUUAGUGACUGAAAAUCAAUUUUUACAAGAUUGCAUCGAAAAUUUAGAAAUGAAGCUAAGCAUGCACAGUGAUUUGGUACGAGAACUUGAUCAACUGCGCCUCCAAGUUGCAAAAGGAAGGGAAAAUGCCAAAGAUUCCAAAAAUCUUCAGCAAAUUUUGAAAACUGUCACAAGCCAGAGAGAUGCUCUGAAGGUUCAGCUUUUGCAGCAACAGAAGUUGGCAGAAAACUCUUUAGAACAAAAAUCAAAUGAACUGUCAAAGCAAGAAGAAAUCCGUGACAAGCUGUUAGUUUAUAUAUAUCAACUCGAAUCUGACAUUGAUUUUCUUAAGAAUCAAGUUCUUGUCCUCUCGAACACCAAGGAAUUCUAUCGAAAGUACUGCUCUAUGAAACUAGAACAUCUUGAUCAAAAGUUGCUUGAAGCAGAAUCUUUGAAGUGCCUUCUAUCAGACAUGAGAUUCAACCCAGCUCUCAGAAACGUCAAAAUGACUCUCUAUGUGGUUGAAUAUUUCCAGGAAGCUAACGUUCCAGCCAGCCAAAUCAAUCUUUUGAUGAAUAUUAUUCAUACUGCAUUGUGUCGGCUGUCAAGAGAAAUGGAUGAUCUCUAUCAAACUUUGUACAAAGCUUUUGACAAUGGUGAUCCCUGUCAUAAACACUUUUCAGAUCCACCUCGCCGAACUUUUUCAGAUCCUGAUAUAUUUGGGAAAAAUUUAACAAACGAUUCCAGCAAAUCUCACUUUUUCACCCCCAAGAACAUGCUGUUGGAACUUUGCCCUGAUGAUAAACCACUAGUGGAGAAAUUGUUUUCAUCGAAAUUAAUUCAAGAAGACGAAGGUUUAACCGAUGAAAAUAUGUCGAAACAAUCAUGGCUUGAUGAACUUGAAAUUGAAAACCAAAGAUUAAAAAUAAUUUUAUCAAAUACAAAUAAAGAGGUCGAACAGUUGAAUGGCAUUCUAUCUGAAAAUAGGAAGACUUUGGAAAAUUACCAAAAUUGCACUGGUGAGUUGAGAAGAGAAAUUGAAACUCUAAACAAAACGCAUGGGACAAUGGAUGAUAACUGUUGUAAUCAAAUCAGAAGUACCUUCUCAAUCGCAGAUGAAUGUAUGUGGAAAUCAAUUGAAUCCUCCGACAGCCCUUAUAAAGGAUGUCAGAAUCAUUCUAUAUCAAAUGAAAAACAGAACGUUGGUUCAUUGAGUGAGCAAUUCUUGGUGGAAAAAUCCAAAAAUGAACUAUCAAGAAGAUGUCCUCUACAUAUUUGUGUAGAUAAAGUCUCGAAGACCAUGACUCAGGAAUCAUCAGUCUCUCUAAGUUCGACCGAGGAUCUGUGCUCCAUUCUCCGAAAACUUGGAAAUUUCCCUUCGCUCCAUCAAAUUUUCCGUAAAUAUUAUUCUGUUUUGAGAAACUUGUUUCUAAAUUUUCAAAUCAAGAUUGAGCCCAAACAAAAACCAACAAAUGACAUGGUGAUUAUUGUUCAUUUGGAUGACCUUGAAAAUCAAGAAAUAUCAAAUUUAUUCCAAAAAAUUAUCAAGGUGCAUAGCCAAGGUGACUUUCAAAUAUUGUUUAGCCAAUCCUCGCAAGAAAAUUAUUUAUGUACUUUUACACCAAUGAGUUUUGAAGUUUCAAGCAAAACGGCUUCCAUACACAUUGACUCCAGCUUGUACCCAAUUUCACCUGGAUUUUUCUUCUAUUCAAUGUUUGAAAAACUAAGCAGAUCUGGAUCUCAUGAAAAAUAUCUUGUGUUGUACAACAGUCAGCCUUUUAUUACAACAAAUGGGAAUAGUUGGCCUUCCUCAACACUUGCAGGAGGUGUUUUUAGUCAUCAAAGUGUUAACGACACCAAAAAUAUGUAUUCAAUGUUGAAUACUAUUGUCAACGCAUUAGUCGAAGCAAUCGCAUUUGAUGACUUUUGUAAGUUAAAGAAUACAAGAGUGGCCGGAUUAAAUUCAAAAAAUGCAUCAUCAACUAAAAUUUUGAUACCUUCCGAACAGAUUUCAAAAACCCUCUGCCGGAACUCAUCCAAAAGCUCUUUUCAUGAACUAAGCAAAUACUCUUUAGUGGUGAGAACACCCGAAAUAAAUAGUUUUCAGAAGGAAGAGAAAAAUGCCCAGUUGCGUAAACUCGUCACUCAAAUCAAAUUAUAUCAAUAUGAUGAUGGAGUAGUCGAAUCUUUGACUGGCAUGAAGAUUUCUGAGAUAGAAAUGUGUUUUAUUAAUGCUUUAAAACAAUUCCUUCCCAAUUUUGGGGAAGAAAAGGAUUUCCCACUCAAUGACCUAGUUCUCUCCAGUUUAAUUUUGUGGGAAAAAAAUAGUGGUUGCCAUAAAGCAAUGGAUUUAGGUUAUUCCGAUUUAAUUUUUUCUAUUUUGGAUGCUGUAGAAUCAACGAACAACAGAUAUCCUCGCCUAGUUUGUAGCUCUCCUCAAAUCUCAGAGGAAAACGAUGAUGAUUUAGUGUCGCAAAAUAGUGCAUUAACCAGUUUGCAGACUUUGGCUGAAAUUAAUGAAAUUUACGACAGUUGCGAUACCAGUGAUUGCGAUAGUGUCAUUCCCAAAAACCAAACGCCUGUUCGUGAAAAUGAUAGAAUCACCUCAAUUUCAAACCAACUGAAAGCACCUCUUAGAUCGAGAAAAUUCUCCAAAAAGAAUUGGUUCAUGAAAAUAAACUUUUGGCGCUUGAAGUUUUGUAAACUUCAUAGACAGUUGAUAAAUUUGAAACUGGAUUACUCAAGUCCAAAAAAAUUCGAACACUGUGAGUCUGAAGAAAGAGUGAAGGAUCUAAAUGAAACGCUUGCUCAUAAAAACAUGGAAGAUAGACGUUAUUAUGAACAAAAAGUGGCUGACCUGCAGAGGGAGAUUUCGACCUUAAAAGAGAAUUUGAAGACUUUAUGUAAGCCUGCAGUCCCAGCGCAUAAAUACAGUGGAGAUGUAAAUACAAUCCGAAAUUCUUGUGAAAACAAUUUGAAUAAUGAAGACAUAAAGUUAAAAGAGCGUUAUAGCAAAACAAGUGAACCCCUCACGCCAAAAAAUUCACCUGAAAGCUCCUCUAAUGAGCAGGCAAUGUCAGUCAAAGAUGUUCAAAGGGGAACUGUCACAAAAUCUGGGGGUGAAUUUAGGCUAAAAAAAAAUACAGCUCUUGAAGACCAAACGAAAAGAAUUAUUCAAGUACAAAGUUAUUAUGAACAAAAAAUAUCUGACUUGAGAAAUAGGUUUGAAGAAAAAUUGAUGGAGCUUAAAAAUAGCCACAACCAAGAAUUUAAAUCUUUGAGUACAAUUUAUGUCGAAAAAUUGAAACUCGCCGAGGAAAUCUACUCUCAAAAUAUGGAAAGAACUGAAGAAUCGAAUCUUAAAAUACUGAAAGACUAUCGGAAUUUCUACCUGUUAAAAGUGAAAGAAUGGGAAACUUUAAUGGACCAGUUUUCAGAGACUCUCCUCACCCUUCGAAAUAUCAUAUUUGAAUCCGAGGAGAAAUUCAGUGCUGAGUUAUCAACAACUGUAAAUAAAUAUGAAACUCUGCUGAGACUCAUAUCCGAAGCGUUUGACAAUGAAAAAGUUACCAUUCGUGGUACACUUUGUGAGAGCUUAGAAAAAUUUGAAGCCCAAUACAAGACAAGUCUGAAAGAGAUCAUGAAACAUGUAAACGAAGAGGCAGCCUUCUCGCGGAGGCUCGUUGUGCAGGAACUUGAGAUCUGUAAAAAACAGUAUGACAGCAACUUGAAGAAACAGAAGUCUUCCUUCAAAAAUUUGCUCGAAGAAGCAAAGAAAAGCUAUGAAAGAAAACAAUUUCAGAAAAGUCCGCACCUUUCUUUCAGCCGAGUACUAAAUUGUAAUUGUGAUCACCCACAAGGUUUGCCUGAUUGCAAAGUUUUCUAUGCAUAAGAGUGAAAUAAUACUUACCUCAAUUAUCGAAAGCGAUUUACCUUCUAAGCAUUUUUUAGGUGAAGAUGCACGAUUUUCACAACACUGCAAGCAAGUCGAUUCCUCUCUAUUAAGUGCGAUCUACUUUUUUCUUUCUCCUAACAGAAAAAGAUUUUAAGCCAGAGAAAAUUGUUCAAGUCGAUUUUGGGCAAGGCUAAGCUAGUAUUUGGUCCAAAUGUUAACAUCAUUACAAUGCUUGUGGGAGCUUAGAUUCACAGACAAGAAAUACCUGAAAGAAUUCAAUGAAAGCCGAAUCUCUUAUUUGAGCCAAUGAGCGAUUUUUAAACAGUUCUCAGUUCUACCCUCAGAUUCACUGAAAAAGGAUCUCACAACUGACAUGUCAU